AUGGCGUCCCAAACACAAAACGAUAACUCUCUUCCCCCUAAUCUAGACUGCUCCCAACUCCACACCUGCUUCCAUCAUUGCGGACACUUCGUAACAGAAACAAAUCACCACUCUGAGUGUCCAUGUCCCUCACCUAACCAUGCCUGUCCUACAAUUCUUUCUGUCUCAGAAUCUGAUCCUGGUUGGACAGCGCGUACUCAACACUCCAGAUCCAAGUGUCCGUGGUGUGAGUACGACAUUGAGUUCCGGAGGAAAGUACCAAUCCACGAUACCAGAGCGUUUGAGUUCAGACGCUCGGAUGAGGGAUGCGAUCACUUGCCGAAACCGGUUGCGAUUGAGAGGAAAGAGUAUUGGAAUGAGUUAUUGUGGAACAAGGUUACUGAGUUGGCUAAUGCGGAAUAUUUAGAGGAUUUGAAGAAGGACGUCUGGCAUGUUCUAGAGAGUGCAGAUCUUGAGUAUGAGGUUUGGGGGGAAGAGAUUGAGGACUACUCGUACUUCAAGUAUUGGGAAGAUCUUGAAAGAGCUGAGUUUGGGACUUACGAGGAAGAAUGCGACAGCCCUUUACAUAUUCUUGAUACUGAGACCCAAUUCGAGGCUCCAGGGGGCGAUGAAAUCGAUAAAAUCGUCGCCGAGAUCGAAAGAAACGCAUCUUUGCAAGCGAUGCAAGCUGAACCAACCUUCUCGACACGGAUCCCAAAUAAUCCGACAUUUCAAGCACAGCACGACACUAGUCCUCUCGAUCCAUCAACGGCCUCAUCAUCCUCUGUACCCAGCUCAAAUCCUACUACACCCGAAUCGCCAAAAGCCUCCCUAGCUACCAGACCGCCAAAUACUCUGCUAGCUCUCCGAGCGAGUGUAGAAAGCUUUGUUCCUCUAGAUUUUACAACCAGUUCUGCCGGCAACGGCAACUUUCUUGAAAAUGAUGACUGUUCCCACCAGCAAGCCACCAACUGCAACACCCUGCCAGUCCCGGAGACAUGGCGUCCUGAAAGCUUGGAUGUGUUCGUCGCUAAUGGUAACUUCCACGAAAAUAACGAGCAAUUAUAUCGUCAAGCGUUCAACCCCAACGCGCCGAUAUUUCAAGGGCCAUCGAACUUCACCGAGUUCGAAAGUAGACAGAAUUUCGAGGACAAUUUCCAAAUAGCCCAGUUCCAGUACCCGAACUAUGACAGCCAAGUCAUCUCGGAGAAUUGGAAUCCUAACCAUGAGUUCCAACGCACACAAAAUUUUGGCCACGGCGUUCAACAGAACCAGUUCUACUACCCGGAGUACACCAAUCAAGUCAUUGCAGAGCAAUGGCACCCCAACCAGGAGUUCCUCACCAACCAACACCUCCAGCAUAACGUUCAGGAAACCCAGUUGUACUACCCCAACUACAACACUCAGGUCCUCCCAGAGCAAUGGAACUUUAACUCCGAAUUCGAGCCAACCCAUCACCCGGCUCAAUUCGUCCCAGAGAACCAUUUCCCCUACCAGGACCAAACCACCCAACCCAUCCAGGAGCCACAGCACACACAACCUCCUCCUCCCCAGCCCACCGCCCAACAACUCCUCGCCCGCCACCGCGCCCGCCACAACUUCCACACAACGCUAUCCUUCUUCCAACAACGCGCCCGUAGCCGUAAUCCCCCCACAUCAUGGGACACCAUCGACGCGGAGGAGCACGACCAGGAAGCGGCCGACGAGUUCGAGGACAUCACGCGGUAUGUGCAUGAAAAGGUGCGGUAUGUGAGUGAAGAGAUUGUGUAUGCUGCGAUGGUGGAGUAUUGGCGGGGGUGGCCUUAUGGGGAUGUGCCUAAGGUGUUUUAG